UUUCCAUUCGGCUCUCUGCCAAGGCCGGCCUUCAAAGAUUGUCUCCUACUGAACCAACCUUCUCUCUCGCCAAAGAUUCUCUCUCGCUCUCUCUUCGUUCGUCACCAUGCACAUUUUCUCUAUAAGACGCUUUCUAUGCCCCUCUCCGUCUCUUCGCCUCCAUCACCAGCCAUGGAUUCCCGGAUUUCCGCCGUUUCUCUCUCCCUUGUCUUCCUCCUCUGCACCACCUUUUCCUUGGUUCACUCAUCGACCAUCGGAGUCGGCUACAUUUCGCGGCUUCUCGAACUCCAGGACCGGGAGCGAGCUCCUCCCUUGCUCCAAGUCGCCGCAGCUCGCGCCGUUCUCCGCCGGCUGCUUCCUUCACACUUUUCCAGCUUCGACUUCCAAAUCGUCUCCAAGGAGCAAUGCGGUGGUGAGUCUUGCUUUAUGAUCAAGAACAAUCCUUCGUUCAUUAGGCAUGGGGAUCCAGAAAUUCUAAUUGCUGGGUUCACCGGAGUGGAGAUUUUGGCUGGUCUGCACUGGUAUUUGAAGCAUCAGUGUGGUUCACAUAUAUCUUGGGAUAAAACUGGUGGCGCACAACUAUUUUCAGUACCUAGGGCUGGCUUUCUUCCCAGAGUUAAAGAUGCUGGUAUCUUGGUCCAGAGACCUAUUCCUUGGAACUACUAUCAGAAUGCCGUUACAUCUAGCUAUUCUUUUGCUUGGUGGGACUGGAAAAGAUGGGAAAAGGAAAUUGAUUGGAUGGCGCUCCAAGGUAUCAAUUUGCCGUUGGCAUUUACAGGACAAGAAGCUAUUUGGCAGAAGGUUUUCCAGAAAUUUAAUGUAAGCAAAACAGAUUUGGAUGAUUUCUUUGGAGGCCCUGCAUUUCUUGCAUGGUCACGAAUGGGAAAUUUGCAUGGCUGGGGUGGACCACUCCCACAAAGUUGGUUAGACCAACAGCUGAUUCUGCAGAAGAAAAUUCUAUUCAGAAUGUAUGAACUUGGAAUGACCCCAGUUCUUCCAGCCUUUUCUGGCAAUGUUCCUGCGGCGUUAAAGUAUAUAUUUCCAUCAGCAAAGAUAACACGUUUAGGAAAUUGGUUCUCAGUUAAGAGUGACCUCAAGUGGUGCUGCACUUAUCUUCUUGAUGCAACUGAUCCCCUAUUUAUUGAGAUUGGGAGAGCAUUCAUUGAGCAACAACUGAAAGAAUAUGGAAGGACUAGUCACAUAUACAACUGUGAUACUUUUGACGAGAACACUCCACCUGUGGAUGACCCAGAGUAUAUAUCUUCAUUAGGUGCUACAAUAUUUAGGGGAAUGCAAAGCGGUGAUAAUGAUGCCGUCUGGCUAAUGCAGGGGUGGCUGUUUUCAUACGAUCCCUUUUGGAGGCCUCCACAAAUGAAGGCACUUUUACACUCUGUUCCUGUGGGGAAGCUGGUAGUUCUUGAUCUGUUUGCGGAAGUGAAACCCUUAUGGAUUACUUCAGAACAGUUUUAUGGUGUUCCUUACAUAUGGUGUAUGCUGCACAAUUUCGCAGGAAAUGUUGAGAUGUAUGGAAUUUUAGAUGCAAUAGCAUCUGGACCAGUUGACGCUUCUAAAAGUGAAAAUUCAACAAUGGUUGGUGUUGGAAUGUCAAUGGAAGGUAUAGAACAGAAUCCUGUGGUUUAUGACCUUAUGUCUGAAAUGGCAUUUCAACACAACAAAGUUGAUGUCAAGUCGUGGAUUCACGUAUAUUCAACACGACGCUAUGGCCGAUCAGUUCCUUUAAUACAAGAUGCCUGGGACAUAUUAUACCACACUGUCUACAACUGCACUGAUGGUGCCUAUGACAAAAACAGGGAUGUGAUUGUGGCAUUCCCUGAUGUUGAUCCUUCCUUUAUAUUCGUACUGCGUGAAAGGUCUAACCGAUAUGGAAAAUCAGAAUCAAGAAGGGCAGCCAUAGAGGAAGUAAGGGAUUCAUUCGAUCAGCCUCAUCUCUGGUAUUCAACUUCUGAAGUAAUUCGUGCAUUGGAACUUUUUAUUGCAAGUGGAGAUGAACUAUCAGAAAGUAUCUCCUACAGGUAUGACCUUGUUGACCUAACUAGACAAGCUUUGGCAAAAUAUGCAAACCAGCUUUUCUUAAAGGUUAUAGAGGCCUAUCAAUUGAACGAUAUUGUUGGAGUGGCCAGCCAUGGCCAGAAGUUUCUGGACCUAGUGGAAGAUAUGGACACGCUCUUAGCUUGCCAUGAUGGUUUUCUUUUGGGACCUUGGCUAGAAAGUGCAAAAAAACUAGCCCAAGAUGAAGAACAGGAAAAACAGUUUGAAUGGAAUGCAAGAACUCAGAUAACCAUGUGGUUUGACAACUCAUCAGAAGAAGCUAGUCUGCUUCGAGAUUAUGGAAACAAGUACUGGAGUGGGCUUCUACGAGAUUACUAUGGCCCAAGAGCAGCCAUAUAUUUCAAAUACUUAAUCGAAAGUUUAGAGAAGGGACAUGGUUUUCAGUUGAAGAACUGGAGGAGGGAGUGGAUAAAGCUUACAAAUGAUUGGCAAAGGAGUAGGAGCGUAUAUCCAGUAGAAAGCACUGGAAAUGCUCUCUACACGUCUCGCUGGCUUUUCAACAAGUACUUGCAAAAUCCUGACGUAAAAUUACCCGACGAAGCUGCCAUUGCUGUGAUCAAUGUAUGUCUUUUUCAUAAAAGGAUUAAUCUGUAAACCGUUCUUUCGUGCAACAAAACGUCUUUCCUUACAGUAUAAACCUGUUCUAUCCAUGCCUUUUGUUAGUCUAAUUGUUAAUCUUGUCCUCCCCAUUCUUACCAGUUUGAAAAUUCUCUCCCUACCAUAAAUAAUAAUAAUAAUAAUAAUAAUGCAAUAGAGCUUUGUUGUUCACAAGUAGCU